AUGCGAUGGUAUGGCAAGACGGUGUGCGUUCGCUGUUUGUUCGGCUGCAAACGUUGCGGCAAAUUGACGCAGAAGCGAAGCCUUUCGUCGUCGCACUCGAUUGAAGGGGUACGUACGCUGUUCAUGAUGCACGAAGCUAUGUCGGAGCUGCGGAACGAAAUGUUGAAGAAGGACCAAGAGCUUUUGGCGCUUAGGCGGGAUCUUCAAAAAGAACGUGUUCGAGGUGAUCACCUUGCUUCAAAGAUGGGAUCCCUGCAGCAAGCUGUCAAUCCGAAUGGAAACUAUGGAGUGGAGAGAGUGUCUCAGAUGGACGGACCAAGUUACCGGCAUUCCUGUAUGGCUUUAUUUGAUUUAGAUGCCAGUGAAUCUUCUGGUGACUCUGAUGUGAUGUCCGGAGCUUUUCAUGAUGAUGAUCGAAAAUGUAUAAAGAAAGGUGUUUGGGACGUGGCUGCGUUUUCUAGGAUGCUACUCACGGGUGGUGAAUCCCACUCAUUCCGAUCGUCGCUCCCGAACAUCCCCAGAACAACCACAGACGAUGAGGAUGAACAUUCAACUUGCUCUACGACUUCUUUGUUGGCCGCAGCGGAAUCAUUUAACGCAAUGUCGAACUGGGGAUCGAAGAAAAUUCGCAACAAAAAGUUGCCCCCGCCAUUUUCAACGCAUCGGCGUUCAGUAGUCGAGUCCAAGCCGAAUUCAUCGUACAAUGUCCCAGAAAAAAAUCGUGGUGCUCCUUGCAUGCCAAGAAGAUUUGAAGAUGUCGUCAUGGGGAGUCGCGUGAAAUAUUUUCAUCCGAAUGGAAGAGUAUUCGCUGGAACCGUUAUGCAAAAAGGCGGACGAAAUGGAUUGCGUGAUGAUUACGUCUGGUGCACCUGCGAUCGUGGAGUUCAUUCGCGAAACUUCAAAUCCGAGGUUCUCUUGGUGAACGCCGACACUCAACCGAAAAGGCUUUUCAUUCAUGUUAAAAAGGUCAUGAUGACCGUUUUGGCUUUCGAAAAAAUGGCGUCAGUGAUUGAAACAUCGUUGAAUGAUCUCGAUUUUGCUAAAUGCAUUCGUGAUGAACUGAAAUUACUAGAUGAUCGCAAGAAAUUGUCUGUUUGCGGCGAGCAUUUUGGAAUAUCACAGCGAAAUGCGUUCUGGUACGAUCCCAUCUUGCGUCAUGUGCAUCUGCUCAAGGAACCUCAUACUGAAGGAAAAAUUGAGAAAAUCGUACUGGUUCCUCAAGAUCCACCACUUUUCGACGUUUCAUCCAUCAAGUUCAGUCCAAAGGGAUCCUUCAUUGCUCUGGUGGGUCGUCAAGGUAUUUCAGUGCUUGUUUCUCCUGCCGUGGUGUCUCCCGUGCCAGAAAAAGUUUUAUGCAGGACUGUCAAGAUCGCUCAGCAUCUACUUCUGACCAAUCCGAAAUUGGAAGUGGUCGAGGCAAAAUUCCAUCCUGGGUCACCAACGGAUUCUCACAUAGUGGUGCUUUGUUCGGACAAUUACUUACGGAUUUUUGAAAUGAACGACGGGCUUACCCCGGAACAAGUUAUUCCACUCGGUCGCUCGUGUGCUACGAUGCUGAGCUCGCUGUCGAUGACGAGUAUGCAAGCGAGUUUAGGAGAGAUUGGGAUGGCCUUUGAUUUUGCGCCUCCACUGCUUCGGGAGGAGUCGCAGAAUGGACCCAAGAAUGUUAGUGCUGUGCAGUCAACGGCGUCGGACUUCGCAUCCUCGUUUGUUUGGUGGCCUAUUUUUGUCUUGCGAGGCGAUUGUGAAGUCCUUUAUCUUCUCUCUGCAGUUGGUUCGAAACGGCCUCGAAGGACGAUGGUUCAGUGUCCAAUUUCUGUUCGUCCGGAUAUAAGAAAUUACUCGGUGGAAUCGACCAAUAUUCUCUGCCUGCAGAGCAACCCUCCGAUCUUAAUUAUCAUCACUGCCGAAGGUCAAUUGAUUCAUGCCGUCGUACUACCAGCUCAAGGUGCACCCGAUAUUGUCGAGCCUGAAGACCCCUCGGAUUUGAUGGCUCAGCUAUCUGUAUCGGACGUUGAUCGUGGCGUGGCACCCAUGGCUGAAAAUUUCCAAGUCGGUGCUCAAAUAAUCGAAGUGAUAGAAUUGGACGUUCCGCUGCAGGACGAAGAAACCGCGAAAUCGGGCGCCAAGUCGUCGUGGUGUCCCCACAGUGGUACGAUUUAUGGGUCUCAGUUUUGGAACAGUCACCUCGUUUCUUUGCGAAGCGACGACUUUGCCAAGGAUCGUUAUUACGUCACGCAUGCCACAGGCAUUCACAGUGUGCGGUUGCCGAGUCUCAGGCAGUUCAGGGAAUUCGUCGCAGACCCCGAAAUCAACGUGGAGUUUUCUGGUGAUGUCGUCGAGAGUGAAGUGGAGCAGCUGAUCUGCACUCGACUUUCUUUCCCGAACAAGGACUGGCGGGCUGAACCGAUUGCUGGGUUCGGAAUACUGCCUCCGUAUAUUUUCGUUCUGCUUCCGCCAGCGGAUGGUUACAAGAUGUGCGUGCAGCGUUAUGGUCCCGUGUGGCGAUUCUCAUCUGAUGAAGCUGUUUCGUCGACGAGGAAAGCGGACGGCGAAAGAAUAAUUGAUAAGCGAUUUUCGGACUCGUUCAUUGAUCAUAUUGGCAACAUCUUGAAGCGGGAUCGUUCCUUACCGAUGAUGCGGAUUUCAGGGGGAAUAGGAGACCCUAAGCAGUUGAAUGACAUGGAUACGUGGAACUUUUUGAGAAUGUCCACCCAGCUCCUGCGAGAGCAGUAUUUCAUCAAGUUUGACCUUGCCUGUGCUGAAAUGGCAAACAGGCACAAGUCGCUGCGUGGAGUCCUUGAUACCACAAAAAGCCACGUUACAGGGUUGUCCAAAGAUUUGAUGGAAAUUCAGGAACGGAACGACAGCCUUUUGGAACGUGGGGCGAAGCUUGUGGAUCAACAGAGUGAACUUUUGUGCAGGGUCGAAAGGUGCUGCGAGAAGCUUAUGAAGAAGGUGCCGGUGAUAACAGUUGCUGAAAAAAAGAUGCUUCGGGAACUGGAGAAUAUGGAAUCAGGGUUGCGAGAGUACGAGGAACAGCUUGCGUUCAUACGACGUGUCAUGACGGAAGUGGAGGGAAAGAGGGUUGAAAAAUUGGCAAUACCUUUGUCCCAACCGGCGAUGCAACGGGCGAAGAUGGCUGAGCUUUCCAGUACGCUGAAAACAACGAGCGAAUGGUUAUUACAAUUGACCAAUGCAACUACAAGAUUGGUGUCCAGAGUAUCUAAUUUGCAUGGCGUUAUGUGAAAUUUCGAUUCCGACGGCUGUUCGACGUUUCCACAUUUCUUAAGUAAAAUUGAUCAAUUUUGAA